AUGGAGACGCAUUAUUUGUUCCAAAACUGCAACAUCAUAAACGACAGGAAUCGCGGUGGUGGAUUACCCUUCUGGAGGGUUUUCAUGGAUUAUAGAAAGGAUAAAUCAACAACAACUGAUAGUAUCAACAACGAAUCGCAAUAUAUAACUUCUAUUAAUGAUGUUGAACAAAUAUCUGAAUGUACAUCUGAAGCAUCAUGUGAAAGCAAUGCCCAAGCAGAAAAUAACACGACAAAAAAACGACAUACUAUCGGUAGUUUUAAUUUGGGUGCUGUAUUCGCCAAAGCAGAAGCAUCAGAUAAUUUGUUAGAUCGAAAACAAUUUAAUUUAAAAUUAGUGAAGGAGUUUCGGAUCGAAGAUGGUACUAUUGGUUUUGGUUAUGAUACAAUCUUUGGUGAUGGUAUAGAUGAACAGUUAAAGUCAGUUAUCAUCGAUGAACCAUAUUUGCGAAAUAAAUCACAGAUUAUAAAUUUAGUUGCAUUCUGCGAGCUGCUGGUAUCGAGAGCACCAAAUCUUUGUGAAAUUGUGCUUUGUACACAAGCGGAACAGACCACUUUGCAUGAGCUGUGGUUGCAAUUGGAACAGCUGAGGAUUGAUCUUAUGUUACGAGAUAUUGUUUUGAAAGUGAAGUGCAGCGGUACCAUGCAUGAUCGAGAAAUUAGAUUUGACAAUGGUUGGACCUAUCGGAUUGGUCGAGGAUUAGAUUAUUUUCAGAAGCAGCAGCCAUUAACUCUAGGAAUAACCGAUUUCAAUUUAAGGAAAUGUCAGGAGACAAAUGUAUGUAUAUUAAGAGAAAUGCGACGCAAGGAUAAUAUGUAA